AUGCGGCUCCACUCUAAAUUGGCUUCUCUCUCUAACUCUCUUGGCUCUAUCUCUUCGGCUCGUCUCUCUCCCUCGUGUACCUCUCUCUCUUUGACGCAAUCGUCUUUCUCCCUCAGCGGUGGCUGUUCAUCCAAGCGUAACUCCACCGUUGACAUCCACGAGGGUUUUAGUACUCUCCAAGGAAAGCCCGAGAUUUUUGUACUCUCCAAGGAAAAUAAUUGGCUUAGGCUUUUGAAGCCGAGGAAGAGCUUUGAGGACACGGUGCGGUCAAUCUUGAUAACGGUUCAGUUCCUUCAUUAUGUGAAGAGAAAUCCUGAAACAUCCUACAAAUCGUUGUGUACUCACUUGUCCAAAGUUUUCAGCUUGUAUGACGUUAGGCGUUCUCAUAAUGAUCUGCUGGAUCACAUUCUGUUGAUACGUGAUUCUGUUGAACGGGAUGAUACCUUAGCAAGGUCCAAGUUUUUGGUGAAUUUUCUUGGAGAGAAGCCCGCAAAGAGGCAACUAUCUGAUGAGGGCAUUCAAGGUACAAAAGAUCUCAGAUUUGUGGAUGAUCAUAUAAAACAUGAUAUGAUUGAUGAUGCAGAAAAUGAGUCCAGUGACAUUGAUAGCCUGUUUAGCUCUGUCUGUGCUUUUUGCGAUGAUGGUGGUGAUCUCUUGUGUUGUGAAGGGAGGUGCCUAAGGUCCUUUCAUCCAACUGUAGAGUCUGCUGAUGGGAAAACAUUGGAGAAUGAGUUGGAGGUUGUUAAGGGAAUGAAGCUAGACAGGGGCUACAUAUCCCCUUAUUUCAUCACCAACCAAAACAAUCAGAAAUGUGAAUUGGAAAAUCCUCUAAUCAUAAUCCAUGAGAAGAAAAUCUCAAGUAUUAAUGUUGUGGUUAAAGUAUUGGAGUUGGUUUUGCAGAAGCAAAGAUAUGUAGAUAACUUGUUUUGCUACGCGGGAGGAGAAUAG